UACUUUAACUAGUUGUAAGAGGAAGAAGCAAAACAAAUUUACUCUCAAAACGGCAGCAAGUGUAAAUAAGUUUAAAGAUAAAUUAUGCCAAAAGUAAAAACGGAAAAGAAAUCUCGCAUACACAAUGAGGUGCAAAAGCAAGGCAUUGUGUUCAACAAGGAUUUUGGCCAGCAUAUUUUGAAGAAUCCACUGGUUAUUACCACAAUGCUGGAAAAGGCAGCACUGCGAGCCACCGAUGUGGUGCUGGAAAUUGGUCCCGGUACUGGUAACAUGACUGUGCGCAUGCUGGAACGCGCUAAGAAGGUGAUUGCUUGUGAAAUCGACACACGUCUCGCCGCCGAGUUGCAGAAACGUGUCCAGGCGACGCCACUGCAACCCAAGCUACAGGUGCUUAUCGGUGAUUUUCUAAAGGCAGAGUUGCCAUUCUUUGAUCUGUGCAUUGCCAACGUGCCGUAUCAGAUCAGUUCACCGCUGAUAUUUAAGCUGUUGCUGCAUCGUCCACUAUUUCGUUGUGCUGUGCUGAUGUUUCAGCGAGAAUUCGCACAGAGAUUGGUAGCCAAGCCAGGUGACAAGCUGUACUGUCGCUUAAGCAUCAACACACAACUGCUGGCCCGUGUGGAUAUGUUGAUGAAGGUGGGCAAAAACAAUUUCAAGCCACCGCCAAAGGUAGAGUCCAGUGUGGUGCGUUUGGAGCCAAAGAAUCCGCCGCCACCAGUCAACUUCACCGAGUGGGAUGGCUUGACUCGCAUUGCUUUCCUUCGCAAGAACAAAACGCUGGCGGCGACAUUCAAAGUAAACUCUGUGAUUGAAAUGCUGGAGAAGAACUACAAAUUGUUCCGAUCGCUGAGGAAUGAGCCACUUGAGGAGAACUUUAACAUGCAGGAGAAGGUUCUGGCUGUGCUGGAGGAGCAGGGCAUGAGCACGACACGUGCGAGAUCAAUGGACAUUGAUGAGUUUAUGCGCCUGUUGCUGGCUUUCAAUGCGGUCGGCAUUCAUUUCAACUGA